UUGUCCUUUAAUAACCAAUCAAAAUACUAAGAACAAUAUUAAUUUUACACCAUUUUAUUCAAAAGUUAAUAUCUUUAAGGGAAAUAUUUCAAAAUGGCAACAAUUCACAAAUGAUAAUAGUAAAUAAAAAAAUUAAAAAAAAAAAUUAAAAAAUCACACAAAUAUCCCUCUUUCACAUAAAAUUCUCACAUCACAUAGUUGAAGAAGAAACAGCUUCACCUUCUCUUGUCAGUUGUCACUAUAAACACCCCAAAUGCCUUCCAUGCUCUUUCUCUCUCCUCUUCAAUCCCCUUACUCUCCAUGACACUCCAACCCCUUCUCAAUUUCAAUUUUAGGGUUUUCUCUCUCGUUUCUCUUCACUCUUUUGCUGUUUCAAUUGGGUUUUUGAUUAAUUUUUCCGGGUUUUUGUUUAAUUUUUAAGGGGUGAUUUUGAUCUGGGUUUUUCUUAUUUGGGUCUGUGGAGAAAUAGGGGAGAGAAUUUUUGAAAAAUGGAGGAGGGGUUUUGUAAUUGGGGAGUGAUCCGAUCUCUUCUUGCUAUUGUUCAAUGGUGGGCUUUCAAUGUCACUGUUAUCAUCAUGAACAAAUGGAUCUUUCAGAAACUGGACUUCAAGUUUCCUCUUACAGUAUCUUGUGUCCACUUCAUAUGCUCUUCCAUCGGAGCUUAUGUGGCAAUUAAGAUUAUGAAGGUAAAACCUUUAAUAACAGUUGACCCUGAAGAUCGCUGGAAAAGGAUAUUUCCCAUGUCAUUUGUCUUCUGCGUCAACAUAGUCUUGGGAAAUGUGAGUCUUCGAUAUAUACCAGUCUCCUUUAUGCAAACUAUCAAAUCCUUCACUCCAGCAACAACUGUUAUUUUGCAGUGGCUCAUAUGGAGAAAAUACUUUGAGUGGAAAAUCUGGGCAUCUUUGGUCCCAAUUGUUGGUGGGAUUCUUUUAACUUCUAUGACGGAACUUAGUUUCAACAUGUUUGGAUUUUUGGCUGCUUUGUUUGGUUGCUUGGCGACCUCAACCAAAACUAUUCUUGCAGAGUCUCUUUUGCAUGGCUACAAGUUUGAUAGCAUAAAUACUGUCUACUACAUGGCCCCUUUUGCGACAAUUAUUUUAGCAUUACCAGCUUUGGUACUUGAAGGUCCUGGAGUGAUUGUAUGGCUUAACACACACCCUUCAGUCUUCUCUUCUAUGAGCAUCGUCUUUGGCUCUGGAGUAUUGGCUUUCUGUCUCAAUUUCUCCAUCUUUUAUGUUAUUCAUUCUACUACAGCAGUCACGUUCAACGUUGCUGGAAAUCUCAAGGUUGCUGUUGCCGUUCUCAUUUCAUGGCUGAUAUUCAAAAACCCAAUAUCAGGUUUGAAUGCACUUGGGUGUGCUGUAACCCUGGCUGGGUGUACUUUCUAUGGCUAUGUGAGGCACUUGAUAUCACGACAACCGCCCGGCACACCAAGAACACCCAGGACUCCACGGAGUCGGACAGAAAUGAUCCCCCUUGUGAAUGAGAAGUUAGAUGACAAGGUCUGAAUCAAAAGUAGCAUAUUGCAGGUAAAUUCAAGGUGCUUGGAAUAGGUUUAUAGGAAGACAACAUAGGUGAUAACGAUGAUAUUUAUUUCUUUGUUGUGUAGACAUGAUUAGAUUCUUAUAAUUCAAUAGAUGCUUCUUUUCUAACCCUUCAUACAUAUAUAUAGAGGAAAAAAAGGUAGUAGUUCUAGAAGUAUUGAUUGUUUAGGAAGUUCUUCAAUUUCUGAAUUUACCAUCGCCAGUAUGUGCUUUAUACAGUAUGUUUUGUUAGAGCUGUUGCCCUCUUGCUCUGAAAAAUAUACUUCCAUAUUCUCCG